AUGCGUUUUAGCAAGAGGCUCGCUCUAGCAAUGCAGGAGGGCAGUUUGCCGUACCUCUCUCAGAAAACUAUAAAGCAUCAUUUGGUGGGACUGGAGAAACUAGCCAAGACCUUCGCCCGGCAAAAUGAGCUCUUGGGCACGGAGUCGUUGGCUUCUCUCAUCAUUUUCGUGAACACUGAGCGGGCCAGGUAUGGCAUACCCCAAAGGGACGUUCUAUUGACUUUAGAGGAAAUACGGUUCCAAGAUGGUGAGAUGUUUAGUGUUGUGGAUCGGGACAUUGAGUGCAUCAAGGGAGCGAUAGAGGAGCUGGAACUGUCUCUCAUGCACGAGAUAUCACAGUGGAUAACGAAGGCUAAUCACGGUGGACUGCUCUUGACCGAGCGGCAAGUUGAAUGUGCUCCUCAGAAAAACGGCCAGAGGUUGGCUCAAGCAUUGGUGUCGUAUCAUGUAAGCUCUCUCGGGACUGAAGCUGCAUGCUCAUGGGUCGAAUCGUAUGUGAGGAGUUACUGCAACUUUCAUGAACACCUCGCUGAGCUGAUGAACUAUAUUGAUGUCAAUUUGGCUGGCUUCCGGAAGCUCCUCAAACGGCACGACAAGAACAUUCCUAGGCUCUUCCAUGCUAGGAGUACUCCCUUCCUUGGUUUUCAUUCGAUCGUCACUAGAGUUACUAUGAAGGUGUUUGUGGUAGCAGUGAAAAUCCAUGCACUGUUGACAGAGUGCUUGGAUGAGAUAAACCGACAGGCCCAGAGUCCGUCGACUGAGGUGGAGACACUGCGAUCCCUCCUAGGACCAGCCCCAGUGCUUGGUGCGGAGACUGCCACAGUCGCCCAUCUUCACUUUCCGAACCUCUUUGAGCCUGUGGAUGAUGCGGUCCAAAAUGCUCAGCAGCAGCAUCAUUAUGAACUACGAGUGUGCAACGCAGAGGCUCCCCUCCAACCGAGAGCAACGGUGGUGGAGGGGGUGUUCAACUGA